AAAAAGGCGCGAGAUUGCAUUUAAUUGCAGCUGCGGGCCGGGCACCAGACGUGGGCAGUACACGGGUUCCGACGCUCCGUCUCGGCGCCAGAAUGGACUUUGAGGAUUUGUCGUCGAUGCAGAUCGAGGACCUCGGCAACUUCCUCAACGAGCAGAUGACCGAGGGCGACGGCGACUCGUGGAAAGGCUUCUCGCUCGGCUACUCGGACGAGGACGGGUCGCCGUCGCGAUCACAGGCGCCACCGACAACGACGAUGGCCCAGGACUUUCACCAGGCGACAGCGUCGCUCUUGAGCCUCCCGAAUUCGCCGUACCCGACAAGCUUCCAGUCGCGCCAGGUCAUCGAGUCGGCGAUGCUCGAGUUCAACGAGUUCUCGCUCGAAGACAAGAUUGCGCAGCACACCAAGUCCAAGAUCCACUCGAUGACCAACUUCGAGCCAUUCUCGAUGCAUGGCAUGCCACCGCUGCCCUCGAUGCCCUCGAUGCCUUCGAUGCCCUCGAUGCUGCACAAGCCGCAGUUGACGAUGCAGACCGCCGCCGAGCCGCUCGAGCAACCACCGGCCCACGCGCCGCAAUGGUUCAAAGCGGCGAGCCCUGUGGUGCCAUCGUCGCACGCGUCGACACCGACGCACUCGUCGCACCCUUCGCCAACGACAGCCACGACCAACACAAUGAAGCGACCCUUUGCGACGAUGGAGGCGUGCAGCAGCGACAGCUGCAGUACGAUCGCCAACAACAACGACGACGACGACCGCGGGUACCGGAAAAAAUCGCGUGAAAAGAUGCGUCGGCAAGAGGUCAACGUCAAGUUUGACGAGCUCACAAGUCUCUUGGGCAUGAACGACAAGGUCCGGAAGAGCGCUGUGCUGCAAGAGGCCGUCAGCUGCAUCAAGAGUCUCCGCCGCGAGCGCGACGAGCUCCGAAACGACCGCGACCGGCUCAAGCAAGAGCUGAGCAAGCUCGCGUCCUGUUUGCAGUACUCGCACAUGGGCUCGAUGGCCGCUGCGAACGCGAUGGCCAUGUCGCAGCAACUGCCGCCGCAGCACGCUGCGCCCAUGCCCCCGCCGGGCGUCUGCUUUCCGAUUGGCGCCAAUUUUGGAUUCAACUUUGGGUCGUACAUGAACCCGGCGCCGUCCGGAGCCUCGACGCCGCUCGCCAUGUGCCCACCGAUCGCGCCCAAGCUCGAAGCGUCGCCGGGCGUCGGGAAGCCGACCAACGCGAGUGGCAGCACCCAGCUUUGAAUGGCGCCUCGUAGACCCGUAGAUAUAUUAGUACAAGAACGAGCCGACGCGCUCGUACUCGUGGAAGGAGCCUGGACCGCAGCCAAGCCAUAUUUUGUAUGUACAUUGCAUGAUUACACGUCGAA